ACAUAUUUAUACAGCGGAAUCGUAAAUAGAUUGAAUGGGUAUGUACCUACCUACUUUUUGCUUACAUUGCCAGUUCGUUUCACAGUCUCCGCACCGUACAUAGCAUCAGUCAGUCGGCACUAGUAGACCAUGUAAUGUAAACAUUAGAUGGUCGAGGAAUGCAUUUAGACAGUAGGUGCUGGUAGUGAAUAUUAUCAUGUGCGGUGAUAACGUGGCUGCGAGUCGGCGGGGUUCAGUCAGCGACGCGGGGUCGCGUGGUGCGGUCGCGUGUAUCGUUGCUAUCGCUGGAGUGACGUACGGAACCGCUUCGUGUGUUCGCGUUCGCGUACGCGCCGCAUUCCAUCGUGGGGGCCCUUCGCCGCUAUUGGCCGAUCCCGCGUGACGUCACACCUCGUAAUGAGGUAUUCAACAUGGCCGUGUAGCUAGUUCGCGAGUGUGCUUCGUUACUCGUUUGAAUGGAUUUAAUCAGUGAAAUAUGCCAAGGAGACGAAACGGUGAGAUACCCUUGCCCGACGGAUGGGAUUAUGCGAGGGACUUUGACGGAAAACUGUAUUUUAUCGACCACAACAGUAGAAAAACGACGUGGAUCGACCCGCGAGACAGAUAUACUAAGCCACAAACGUUCGCGGACUGCAUCGGCAAUGAGCUGCCUCUUGGAUGGGAGGAGGCCUACGAUCCACAGAUUGGACGUUAUUACAUCAAUCAUGUCAAUCGUAAGUAACACCAUUCUGUUUAUUCCGGACUUUAUCAAAAACACAACGAUUCCUGGUAUUCCACGAAUCACGCUUUACUGUUUGCUAAAAUGUUAUCCUUACAUUGUUUACGAAACGAUCUACAGUCACGUUUCCAAGAUAUCAAUACAGAACAAGGUGUAAAAUAAAUAACAGCAUUUACAUCUAGAAAGCUGAGAUUUUUGAUCUGAAAGUUUACUUAUAUCAAGAUUAGCAUACCAAGUAGCGAAAUACUGGGUCUGUAAUAACAAUGCAAUAAUUCAUUUUGGCACAAUGAAUUGUUUGUACCGGUUACAACAGGCUAACUCUUAUUUAUUAUCCCCGGGAUUAUUCAGUAUGUCGGGUGAAAAAUGUACUACGCGGGGGGCUUAUGAAGUACCACGGUGCUUUAGUUAUUCCCUAUGAAUUAUUGAACAGCUUGAUU